UGAGAACAGCCCUUCCAGUUUGACUCUAUAUCCCAAACACCACAGGUCCCCAUAUAGGCUGUCGUUAAUCCUGUAGUAACAAUGGUUUUAUAGAGGGAAUGUUUUGAACGGAUAGAACUAUCCAUGCAGUAUAAACUAUAAAUAGAGUUAGUACAGUAACUGGUUGCCGCACUUUCGAACCUGUUUUUGUUUACCGAACCGAAACGUCUCACACCGGUUGCAAAUACGAUAACUUCAACAACAAAAGUCAUAUAUCUUCUGAAGAGCGGAUAUAAACAGGUUUGUUGUAAGUUUUAUUAUAUCUAUAAUAUAUUUGUUAUAUUGUAAACUUAAAAUUGUCCUGCUUUUCGUUCCUUAAGGAUUCCUGCGUGAAACGGUUAUGAAUAUAACGGUUAUACAUGUUCAAUUUGUAACUGUUCAACGUAGGUCCUACAGUAUAAACAACAUAAGAUUUAUAUAAACUGAUCAUUUGGCACGUGUGGUUCAAAUUGGCGAACUGAAUAUAUAGAAUGAGCAGUAAAUCAUAUAGAAUCAAAGAAGUUAUUUCAGAUAAAAUAGUUUCAUCAUUUUCUGUGAAGCACUUUGUCAAAUGUGUUUAAAUUUUUUUUUUUUUCAGAAUCAAAGAUGCAUUCAGAAUUUGGAAUAGUUUGCCUCCUUAUAUUUACUGGUUGGUAUACAUAUAUAUUAAGAUUAAACUACAUGUAUAUCGAGAUAAUAUGAUUAUUAUAUGGCUAAAAUAUCUAAUUCAUAUCAUACAUUUUGUAAGCUUCUGGGAGUUUUGGACAACUACCCAGCGCUGUCUCGGGGGACGAUAAACUUCGGGAAGACAUCAAGAAAUCAUUUCACAAAGGAUACAAAGGUAUAAUGUGGAUACAGGAAAGGAAAUUUAAGGCCCAUUCAAACAAGGCCAACAUAUUGUUGAUUAAAGAUUGCUCUUUAUAUAUAUACUGUGCAUAAUUUUAGCCGCACUCGCAGACAGUUUAAAAGAAGGCAAUGGUAACCAGAAGAGAUAUGACAUUGGUAUGCUCGUCAGAUUGUUGAUUUAUGAUUUAUUUUAAACAAGUAGAAAGAACGUUUUAUAUAGAAAUUUUACAAAGAACAUGUCUUUAUAUAUUCUAUAUAUAGAUAAGUGUUCCUAUAUUAUUUAGCAACAUUAAACCAGGCUGCAAGAAAUCGAAACACAUUGUUAAGUAGUUUUGGUGGCGACCCUUAUGGUUAGUAUAUAUAGAUUUUAACAUUCCCUGAAUAUUUUGACUAAAAAACCAAUGACUCAAAAUAUUGAGAAAAGUUACUCAAAUUUAUGAAAGUAAAUUUUCACUCAGAAAAUUGAGUAAAUUUAAAACUUUACCAAAAAAAGAGUACAUUUGCCUGAAAUGAAGGCCUUCCUCGGAACGUUUGUAUAGCGUAACGAAGGGCCUUAAUUAGCUCGAAACGGCGAAGUUCUGCCAAGUUUACAGGUAGUUGUGUCCCUAUCAGUCUAUCAAUCCACAGUCUUCGGCUUGCAUGGUCACUACCUACAAUGGCAAAGACCGUUUGAUAUUUUAUGCAGGGACGCCGGAACUGGGGCAGGAGGGGCAGCCGCCCCCGUUGUCCUUUACCAGGAGUGGCAAGGGGGGCAAAAGGUGCCCUUUGCCUUGGCGAAAUAGCGAAUUGUCAGAAGUUGUCAGUGCAAUUAGCGAAUUGUAGUGAAUUGUCAGUGCAAUUCUUUUACGAAUUUGCUUCAGAAAACGCAAGAAAUGCAGUCAUUGAGCUUCAAGAAUAGCACAAUCGCCUGGCGAAGAACUCCCUCACACCCCUAUCGUCCAAUAAAUAGAAAUUAGAAAACAUGAUUAGGCAAAGUUGAACUCCCGAUGUUUUGCAAACAUCUCUUAGUAUAUAUCAAUUCAAAAGUGCCCUUUCACAAAAAUCUGCCCCCCUUGCCUUCACAUCGUUCCGGCGUUCCUGAUUUUAUGACUUAAAAAAUGAAGCCAUCUAGACAACUGGUUUCAAUGCAGUAAUGCAGUAAAAUCCGCAAGUUUACCAUUAAUUUUCACCAAACACUUCCCUUCAAUCUUAAAUUUACUAUAAAUUAUAGGAAUGGGAAGUACAAUGCUUUCUAAACAACGACUUACAUUUGGAAGAAAGAAAAGGUCUAUUGGUAAGGGAAGAAUUAGUGACUUAAUCGCCCAUUUCCACUGCUUUUAAUUCAAUAUAAAUCAAUUAAAUUUAGUAACUAAUGCUGGUCAUUCCAUGAUUUUGUCCGUCCGCGUUUGUAUGUUUGUUUGUGUAUGUGUCUCGAUAUCUUAAAAAUAUCAACGCGUAUAUAUAUGUUAAUGUUAAUAUGAAAAGUAAUGGACGUUGUCCAAGGACAGAAUGACUAAAUUUUUGUUGAAUUUGGAUGAGAAAUUACAGUACACUGGACAUCUUUUUUUAAAUCCUUACUAUGGAAAUAGUUAUACUAUAUAGGUGCAGUUAUAUUAUUUUCUCUAAUAUGUUCAUUAUUUUUUCGGGGCAAACGAUAUAUAGCAUCAUCACAAAAGGCAUUGAAGGAAGCUUAUACAUCAGGAUAUAAAGGUACAGCCCACGCGUAUAUCAACCACUUUGCCAUCGCUUUACCGUCUACGGCAUUUUUUUACUGUUUUUUAAUUAUUUUCAGCUGGUAAAGAAAUGAUUGCCAAAAUACAGAAAGAAAAUUCAAAUGCCGAGAAAAGAUUUACGAUUGGUAAAUAUGUCAUCAUAAUAUCAGCUAAGCAAAUGUAAUGCUAAUGUAAACAGAAUCUGACAAGCUUGUUCACCUAUACCGAGCAUUUCUUUGGAAAAAUGCAAGAAAUAAGAAGCCGGUAUAUGGCUUUAAUAUCUUUUUAGAGAACCUAAAUAAGGCUGCUCGUCACCGCAAUGUCUAUUUGGAUGCUGUUGGAGGUGAUCCCUACGGUAAAAUGAGUUCUAUUUUUUAUUUAUUUAAUAGCUUUAAUUUGGCACGUAGAUAACUAAACAAUAUUGUACAUAACUUACAUAGACAAUUAAAUUUAACAAGAAUAUAUAAGGAGAAUACUGACUAUGGAAGGUAGCAAAAAUGGCGAAACACAAAGGAGACUAUUACUCAUUUAAAUGGCACAACAAUUACUUAAUCCAAGUUCUCAACUGUCAAAAGUCAAAACUUUAUUUCUUUUUUUCACUGUAUUUUGAUAAAAUUGCACAAUCUUAACCAAUCAUAAUUGAGAAAAGUUUAAUUCAUGUAUAUAUUAUAUAGAAUUGAAGUUUACUGAUUUGCUGUCACUCUGCAUGAGGUGUUUGAAAAGCUUUAACAGUUUUUAGAACCUAAAUUGAUAAUGAUCUUUGAUGGCCUACGUGCAUGCUAGGGCGUAAAAAAAUACCUGUGGUUCCGGUUUCAUAUCGUGAAAAAAUUAGGGUCGGUAGGUCGGAAAUACAUUUUUGAAUAUUUUUUUCAUGGUUUUGGCGGGUUUUUUGCUGGGCGAUUUGCAGUAGAGUCCCAACAUCAAUAUUAACUAGAGGUGCAUAUUUCCUAUGGACGAAUUGAGGCAAUUUGGUUCAAUAAUUAUUUGUGACAACAGACGCCAUUUUGGCACGCUGUAUGAGCAGCCCGCAACCACCUGGAAAAAAUAGGGUCGCACAGUCAAUCGCGUUGAAAAAAUAAUAGGGUCGGCAGAAAAAAAUAGGGUCGGUCGGGAACCGGAACCACAGGUAUUUUUUUUUACGCCUAGUAUCGUAGCGAUCUAACACGAUUUAGUUUUUCGAUCAACAGUAACCUCUUUUCGUGGAUUAUUUUAGAGAACGUUGACAAACAUAAUAUUUUUUCUCGUUUAAGGUGGUAGUAGUGUGGUUGCAUCUCAACAACACAUAAAUUGGAGUCAUCGUGGAAAGCGAACAGUCAACUAAUGGGUCUAUAGGGGAUAUAUCACGGUAACCGCGUUAUGUUGAACAAGCAUACCGUGAGAACGUAUGGAUAAUUUAUUUGAAUUGUAUCACCAUAGGAAAAGUACAAGGACUAAUUUACAUGUAUGUUGUUCACAAAGAAAUUUAUGAAAUUAAAAGCUAAACACC